UCGAAAUCAUUGUUGAGGGCCUUUGCCCUCACUGCACUCCGUUGCCACGAAGCCGCGCUUGGUACUUUCAGGGCCAUCUUCACGAUGGUGUCUGCAACACGACACCUCUACCACAAACCUCUCUGCCGAGAAUGGUGGCUACUCUCGCGGACUCUCAUCGUUCGGCCAGACCUGGCUCGCUUCGUCAAGGCACUGCAUCUUAGUCCGGAGCUUAGUCGUAUGCCGUACGGAUACGCAAUACCGACGGAGGUUAUCAAGUACUCCGAGCAACAGGGAGGACUGAUGAGUGGACCGCUGAGGGAUGGGAACGCCCACUCUAAAGCCUUCGGAAUGGGGUGGGAAGAAUUGCUCGGGCAGAACACCUCACAACCAGAGGUCUUUCACGGCAAACUUUACUACCAGUCCGCCUUCCUAUUGUAUCCUCCGCAAACCAUACCACACUUGCGGACUGUCGUCCUCCAAGCAGCACGCACGGAGUCAAUCAUAGGCAUAGCAACAUUCACCAGCCUUGUCCAAACAGCACCAAAUAUCACCACUCUUGUGUUUCGAUACGGGAGUGUGUCUUGGGAGUUGCCCUCGCCGUUGACGCUUGACAAGGUCACUCACCUGGACUUCCAGGCCUGUUCAAUCGACGAGAUCUCGCUAAGGCGCGUCCUUGCUGCGUGCCCAAAUCUGGAGACGCUGGAGUUAGAUAUGAUCGGCGCCGAUGAACAUAGCUUCCAUGUGGAGCAAGUCACUCUGUAUGAGGUCACACGCGCUCUGGUCAGGCGCGCACCGCCUAGCUUGAAAUACGUUUGCCUUUAUGGCGAUGACAACAGAGUGUGGAAGGAUGGUUUGGAAAUGGACCGUCACAUAUCUACGCAGGACAAGAUAAAGCAGGUUUUGGGAGAACGCGGGAUCAACCUCGAGAUUUGGGGGCCCGCUUUAGCUUGCCCGCAUCACGACGAGCCUUCCGAUUCGGAUUACCACUUGCAUCCCGAUUCGGGUGACGACGAGCAUCCCGAGUCGGAUUAACUUGCUAGGCGGCGAGCUAAUGGCCUAUGAUUCAUACCGCCAUGCCACGAUACAGACCUCGCGGUCACCCGCCUGGACAGGUGCUAGUUCGCUAGCACUUCUUCCGCACAGCCUGAUCUUCUCGAGCAUGUGGUGUGCUGCUACUUCCAGCGGCGGCAAGGCUCAACCGACACUAAAACGAAUCUGAGACGUUAUAUCAUCCCGUAUAACCCAGGAAAUCGGACAGUGGAUGGUUGAGAAAACGUUAAGUUUGGUGUGGAAUUCGUGAGCAAUAGAAGCACAUCAAAACAGCCAUCGUCUCUAUCCUAUCGCUAUGGCCACGUUGCAUUUCAA